AGAGGGCUGAAAGCCCUAUGAAAUGGUAUAUAAGUCUAACUGCUAUUGCUGUUGCUAUUGUUUGGAAAUGUGGAUAAAUGUUAAUCUAUUUAUAGACCUGUUCAUUUGUUACACAACCAGAGUUUUUUAAGUUAAUGUUUCAGAUAAUCCCAUCAACAUCUCUGAAAUUGCUCUACAGUAGAGAAAUUGUGGUGAAUAAUACUGUGUGUACUUUGGUUUCCAGGUAGUACUUUGCUAUUGUAAAGUUGUGUGAAUGCCAGCACUCACAAUUUCAUACAUUUAAAGACUGUUCUUUACAUACUUCGAGUGUGAAUGUCUCCAGGAGAAAGAUGUCAGUUCAGUGAUGUCAGAGAGGAUCAUGGAGAAAAAGGAAUCCAAGAUGACGUUGCCCCUGAAACCACUAUACCAAAUAGAAAUUGCUUGAGAAAUAGCAACACUGAAGUUUUUAAAGGGAAAAGAAAAGUCCGAGAACAAUGUGAAAACAGAAGAAGAAACUCUUCCAAUAGUAGACGAUCAAGCCAGCUGCAAAAUGGAGAAGUGGUUGAAGCCGUUACAUUGUUUGAGGUGGUCAGUAUGGGGAAGAGAUCUAUGCAGCCUGUGGUAGAUGAUUGGAUUGAAGCCUACAAAAAAGAUAGAGAUGUGGCUCUUCUGGAUCUCAUUAACUUCUUCAUUCAGUGUUCAGGCUGUCAAGGUAAAAAUCCUUUUUCUACAUUACAAAGAGAGACAUUCAAUUCUUGUUUACAGUGCAGGAUUAUAUUUGUUGAUGAUUGGUCCAUGUAGACAUAAGGGUGGACAGAAACUUGCAAAAAUGGGAAGCAUCCAUUGUUAGACUCGAAGACCACUAUUGUACGCAUACAUGAACAAAUGUUUCCUAAUCUCAAGGUUGGGAAGAAAAAUUCAAUAUUUCUAUUUUUAAAAAAUGAAAUUUCUUAUUUUUUGUUCACAAAGUUAAAAUACAAACUC